AUGUGGACCUUCCAAUGCAUCGGAAUCUUUGUGCUCCUCGUCGUCCUCACGCCAGCUAAUUGCGUCCCUUUCGGAGCUGUCGACGAUCACGAUCCUCAGCUGGUCCACGACCACACCAAUAACCUCCAUCGCCGCCAGUGCACCAAAGAUGCGACUGACACCGGUAACAGAGGUUAUGGCGAUGCAGACCAUCACGUUUCUUUCUGGACCAAUCUGGGCGAGGACACCAAAACUUCAGGAAAGCUCAUGAUGGCUUGGUUUAAGAGUCGUGGCGAAGGUGGCAAGAUUGCGUGGUUGCACAGAUGUGUGGACAACAGCUCGCAGGAGGGAUACGUCCGGACCCUGACACAGCAGGGUCGAGAGCCGCUGCAUUGGAAUGAAUGGGACAUUGCGCCUCAUCUGGUGUUGGUCCGGUGUAUUUACCAGGCGCUGGCUUUGGCGGCGGUCAAUCCAGAUGUCUAUCUCUUCACCAGGAGCGACCAGGAUGGCUGGCCGCUGGACUCGCUCUGGGAACAGUAUGAGUUUUGGGCACUCACCAGGAAUCCUAAUGUACAGCGCGUGUGGCAAGUCGAUCCUCGCAACCCAGAGUCAGUUGAGGGCCUGGAACCAGAGGAGAUGUGCCAGUUCAACGACAGACAUGUUAUAUGGGAGCGAGGUAAGGAUGCUGAACUCCCCAUGAAGAUGACGUGUCCUGUCUUCUACCCUGGCGAAGGCGAGCCGUGGGAAAGCUGGACGGCCACGGGCGUUAUGGUGGCAGCUGGUCCCUGA